GGAUAUCAUAUUGGACAAAGCGGUAGUAAAAGAGCAUUUACAGAAGGGAGGUAACUCUAAACAUGUGCGUGAACCCAAUAUCGGCGAGCCGAGUUGAGACAGAUGCCAGUGGACAUGACUUGCUUUCUGCCUGCUUGUGAAUAGAAACAACUACGCCAUUACUUUACACGUUCAAUUUUGACUCCAGACAGAUAGCCACACCACUGAACCUGACUGUUGAGAUAAAGAAGUGCAACUAUGGUGGACUGUUUAGGGAGCAAGUUCGCGGUUGAUAAAAACAGGCUUCAUGAAGUGUUGGACAAAGCAAGAGACUUUGCUCUCUCAACAGGUAUCAGCUUGAAGUCCGUUCAGGGAGAAGAGGGAUCUGUGCUGGCUGAGUGUGCCCCCUUUACCCUGUUUCCCAGCGUGGUGCCCCGGACUUGCUUCCAGGAGGCCGUGGACUGCAUGCUGGAUUUCAACACACUCAUCCAUAAAGUAGCCCAUGAUCACAACUUCCUGGAAAAGGCCCUGAAGAAUGUUUUACAGGUGGAUGACUUUACACAAGGCCUGUGGAAGAUUUACACACAAGUGAGGGAGGAAGGCUACACCCAGCCCCUGUCUUUAGGAUUGUUCAGGAACGACUUCAUGUUGGAUGUGAAGGAUCUGGACAAUGUUCAGCCCAAACAGGUUGAGUUCAACACAAUAUCAGCGAGUUUUGCCGGUCUUACCACAUCCACUGUUCUAAUGCAUAGGUUUACACUGGAUAUGAUAGGCAAGCAUUACAGUGCAGAGGAGGUGCCAGACAACGAUCCUGCUUUAGGACUCGCUCAUGGCAUGGUCAAGGCCUGGGAGCUGUAUGGCCGGAAACAGGCAGUCCUGCUGUUCGUUGUGAGUGCAGCAGAGAGAAAUAUCUUUGACCAACGUGCCCUGGAGUUCAAGGCGUACUCAAUAAACCGUGGGGUCCGGGUGCUACGUCGCACGUACCUGGACAUCUACAACAAUGCCUCUCUGACAGAAGACAAGCGAAUGAUAAUUGACGGAGAGGAAGUGGCUGUGGUGUAUCUGCGGACUGGCUAUGAACCGGAUGCCUUCCCAACACAUAAGGAAUGGGAUGCUAGACUGAUGCUGGAACAUUCAUUAGCUAUCAAGUGUCCCUCCAUCCAAUACCAACUGGCUGGCACAAAGAAAAUUCAACAAGAGUUGGCCCUACCUGGAUCAGUGGAACAGUUCAUCAAAGACCCAGCUGCAGUGAAGAGAAUCCGAGCUACAUUUGUGAAGCAGCAUAGUUUAGACUUGGGUCCAGAAGGUGACAAGGGCGUGGAGUUGGGGAAGACUGACCCAGACAUGUACGUCCUCAAGCCACAGAGAGAAGGGGGAGGAAACAACCUGUAUGGAGAUGACAUCAGAGAAUUCCUGGAGGCUCACCAGAAGUCCAAAGAGAGGAAUGCGUACAUCCUGAUGGAGAGGAUAUUCCCAAAAGCACAAAAAAACUAUCUUCUGAAGCCAGGGAUACCUUUCGUCCUGUCUGAUGUCAUCAGUGAACUCGGGAUAUAUGGAGUGUAUAUUGGGUCGGCCACAGAGGAGAAGAUGAACACACAGUGUGGCCACAUGCUAAGGACCAAAGUUCUGGGAACAGACGAAGGUGGAAUAUGUGCUGGAUUUGCUGGCCUUGAUACACCGUUCCUCGUCAACACAGAUCACGGAGCAUCACCUGCCAAGUACAGAAAGAAAUGAUAAAUCUCUGAUCUCAUCUAUCAAUUUUUGACAAUUAAAGUUCUGACUCAUAGAGGUUAAGGCCAUGUUUGUAUGGAAGGUGAAAUCAGUGAAAUGAUUUUUAGGUUCAUCUGUUUUGCAGCAUAUGAUGGUCAUUUUGUACAGUCCCAUCUUAAACCGAUGUUUAUGUAUGUUUUGUUUUGUUAUCCAUUUGUGGAUUUUAUAUACGUCUAGUGAUAACAGGUAGCCAGAUGAAUGUUAUGGGAUAAUGAUCACAUAUUGUGGAAAAUUAUGAUACUCUUGUCUGCUUGGUGAC